AUGAUAAUCAUGGCGACUAUUGACUCUAUAUUAUAUAGAGAUGUCACCGAGUCAACGAAGGAAUUUAUUGACAAAGAGCAGGUGACUAGCAUGGUAGCGCGAGAUGUCGUCGAUAAUACCAGAUUCAAUGCGGAUACCGGUUCGGUACCCCAAUCUCCAGCGAGUUCCACGAAGAAGCCGUCGCCGAAACGAUCUGGCUAUCCUCGCGGAAUACCUGGACUUAAGAAGGACGAUCGACCAAAACCAAUUCCCGCGGCUGGGAAGCCCAGUCGACCUUCGCAGCGCGAAAAGAGUCCUCAGCGACCGGCAGAACACGACAGAUUUUCUAAGGUCCGACCUAAGUCACCUGAGAAGCUUCGUGAUUAUACAUCGCCGACCAGAAAGCCACAACCAGCGGCUGGCAAGCCAAGUCGACCUGCGGAAAAGCCCGAAAAGCCAACGAAACCAGAACAAGAUGACAAGCCGAAAUGAGGGGAUCAGAUUCCAGAUUCUCUCGACAAGGACGCAGAACUCCCUAGACCGAUACCGGAUAUAAUAUCAAAAAUCCCCUUGAAGGAACAAUGUAUUUGCGAGCUUUGCACUUGCGGACGUCAUCGCUGCCCGCACAACUUGCCUCAAAAACAGUUCAAGUUUUAUUACAAAGAGCCGGUGCAUACUGUAACUUCCUAUCGCCAGAAUUAUGAUGAAAAACAUGUGGAGAAACAAACAAAAUUUUAUCAUAAGGAUCAUCUGCAUACAGAGGGCAAAUUUAUUGGACAAAGGCGAACCGAUUAUGUUGCUACUAAAGGCGAGACGCAAGACCAUCUUAAACCUGAAGGUGAAUUCGUCAAAAGACCGAAAGAGGAAGCACCUACGAGAGGUAAGAGGGCACCUGUAAGAAAGCCAGAGGCUAGCUUGAAACUCGAAGGAGAUUUUGACACUACAACAACAACGGAGCUAGUCUUCACUGGUACUCCCGGUGAACGACCUAUCCCGAUACGUUGCAAUACUCAUACAAAGAUAGAGGGUGAUUUCAUUGAUGAAACGACGACACGGUCUCAAUAUAUCGAUCAUCGCAGUAUUCAACGUGCUGAGAUAAUCAAACGAACGGAUAAUCUUACUGUAGAAAAGGGUGAAUUUACGGGUACUUCUCAUAUAAAGGAGGAUUUCCAGACUCAUAUUAUCGAGCGUGAACCUCAGUUACGACCAAAAUACCCUGAAGACAUCGAUCGAUUUUACAGCAAGACCGAUAUCACAGACAGCAUUACGACCACCCAAAAACAAUAUUGGACUUUCGAUCAGGUCGAUUACAAAAGCACUACUGUUAGAAAAGCUGAUAAUCUGAGACCUGAAGGACCCUUCGAAGCAUUGCCUCAUACGAAAGAUGAUUACAUUGCACCGAUAUUGCCACGCAGGCCGGAAUUACAAAAACCUAAAGAUAAUUUAAGAUCCGAAGGACCAUUUAAAGGACGUCCUAAGGAUGAUUUUACACCAACCAGAAGAGAACGCGCGGAUGUUAAACGCCCGGAGGAUAAUUUACGGCCAGAAAGACCAUUCGAAGGACGACCUAAAGAUGAUUAUUCACCUAAACGCGGAGAACGCUUUGAAGUAAAACGACCAGAGGAUAACUUACGUCCCGAAGGACCAUUUGAAGGUCGACCUAAGGACGAUUAUCGAUCAACUAAAGGCGAACGAGCUGAUGUUAAACGUCCUCAAGAUAAUUUAAAACCAGAAGGACCAUUCGUAGGACGUCCUAAGGAUGAUUAUACGCCAACUAGAGGAGAACGCACGGAUGUUAAACGCCUAGAGGAUAAUUUACUGCCGGAAGGUCCUUUUGAAGGUCGACCUAAAGAUGAUUACAAACCUACUAGAGGCGAACGCGCUGAUGUUAAACAACCUGAAGAUAACUUGAGGCCAGAAGGACCAUUCAAAGGACGACCUAAAGAUGAUUAUUCACCUAAACGCGGAGAACGUCCUGAAGUAAAACGACCAGAAGAUAACUUACGUCUCAAAGGACCAUUUGAAGGUCGACCUAAGGAUGAUUAUCGGCUAACUAAAGGCGAACGAGCUGACGUAAAGCGACCAAAGGAUAAUUUACGGCCUGAGGAUGAUUUUAUAGAUCAUCCCAAGGAGCAAUAUACACCUGGUGAGAAACGUACGCCUAUUAAACAUGCGGAUAAUUUGUAUCCCGAAGGCGACUUUGAAAGACCUGAACCCAUACCUUAUGGUCCUGGUGACAGAGCGUUUGUCGUGCCUGAACGUAAAACUCCUAUUAAAUACAACGAUAAUCUUCGUCCAGAGGGUGAUUUCACUGGAAGACCUAAGGAUGAUUAUAGGCCAACCAGAGGAGAACGUGUGGACGUCAAGAAACUGGAAGAACCAUUUGAAGGCCGACCAAAGAACGAUUAUAGUCCCAAGAUAGCCAAGCGCCCAGAAGUCAAAAAACUAAAAGAUAAUUUAAAACCAAAAGGAUCUUUCAAAGCUCUACGACCUAAAAAUGACUACAAGCCAACUAGAGGUGAACGUGCUGAUGUUAAACGUCCCGAAGACAAUCUGAAACCAGAAGGACAUUUCGAAGGACGACCAAAAGAUGAUUUCAGACCGACGAAAAGAGAGCGUGCAGAUGUUCGGCGUCCAAAUAACUUACGACCUGAAAGACCGUUCGAGGGUCGUCCAAAAGAUGAUUAUUCGCCCAAACGUGCUGAACGUCCCGAGGUAAAACAUUCAGAAGACAAUCUACAUCCUGAAGGCGACUUUGAAAGACCAGAUAAAACAUCUAUCGGUCCAGCAGCAAGGCAGAGGUCAGAAGUUAAGAAGCCAAUAAAUAAUUUGAAGUCUGAAGGUAAGUUUGAAAGACCUCGUCCUGAAAAAUAUGCUCCAGCUGAAAAACAAACGCCAGUGAAACAUCCGGAUAAUCUUAAACCGGAAGGUAAAUUUGUUGGUAGACCAAAAGAAGAUUUCACGCCCACGAAAGGCGAUCGCGCAGAUGUUAAAAGACCAGAAGAUAAUUUGCGACCGGAAGGACCUUUCGAAGGACGGCCGAAAGAUGAUUACCGACCGGUGCGAGGAGAACGCAUGGAUAUUGUUAAACGUACCGAUAAUUUGCGCAUGGAAGGAGAUAUAAAAACCUAUAGAUUGAGAGAUGAAUAUACUGAUUUCUUGAUUCGAGAAUUCAUCGAUAUGAGAACGCGAGACGAUUUCAAAGUCGUUAAAGGCGAACGCGUAGACGUUGUAAAGCACCGUAAUAAUUUAAAAUCAGAAGGUCCGUUUGAAGGCCGUCCGAAGGACGACUUCUCGCCCAAAAAGCAGAAAGACCUGAAAUUAAAACCAAAAGAUAAUUUAAAACCAGAAGACGAUUUUGUACGCCGACUCAAGGAAGAAGCACCGAAAAAAGCAGAAAGGUGUUCUCCGAUUAAACAUGCUGAUAAUUUGAAACCGGAAGGUGAAUUCGAGAGACUUAAACCUGAAGAAUUUAAACCCGCGGAGAAACCAAUUGUAAAGAAACCGUGUGAUAGCUUGAAACCGGAAGGCGAAUUUAUCUCUAGACCGAAAGAAGAAGCGCCGAAAAAAAGUGAUAGAGCUGAUGUUAAGAAACCGAAAGAUAAUCUUAUGCCCGAGGGUAAUUUUGAAAGACCGGAGAAAAAACCAAUUGGUCUCGCUGAGAGACGUUCUCCGAUUAAACAUCCGGAUAAUUUGAAACAGAAAGGAAAGUUUGAACGGCCGAAACACGAAGGAUAUCAUCCAGCAGAAAGACCUCAAGUAAAGAAACCAUCAGACAAUUUAUAUCCGGAAGGUGAUUUCAAAAGGCCGGAGAAAAAGCCGCUUGGUCCAGUGGAAAGGAGAACUCCGAUCAAGCAUGCGGACAACUUUAAGCCAGAAGGUGAAUUUGUAGGCAAGCCUAAGAAAGAAGCUCCAAAGAGAGGAGAUAGAGCAGAUGUUAAAAAACCUGAAGACAAUCUUAAGCCUGAAGAAGACUUUGAGAGACCCGAAAAAUCUCCAAUUAAACCGGCUGAGCGACGAACGCCUAUUAAACAUCCUGAUAAUUUGCGGCCUGAGGGUGAGUUUGAAAAACGUCCAAAGGAAAAGACGCCCCUCAAAGGCGAAAGAGCAGAUAUUACUAAACCAAAGGACAAUUUGCAAUCGGAGGGUAAAUUUGAAAGGCCUCAGAAAUCACCAAUCGGACCAGCAGAACGGCGGACGCCAAUUCGAUACGGCGACAAUCUCUAUCCGGAGGGUGAAUUUGUUGGACGACCAAAGGAUGAUUUUACUCCCAAACGGGCUGAUCGACCGAUACAGAAGAAGCCCAAGGACAACUUGAAGCCUGAAGAAGAAUUCGUAGGUAAACUGAAAGACGAUUAUAAGCCGACUAAGAGAGAGAGAACCGAGAUCGUGAUACAUCGAGACAACUUGAAGAUGAAAGGCGACAUAGAUGUUUACCGAUCACGAGACGAUUACGUCACCACAUCUAAACGUGAGCGCGUAGACGUUGUUCAUCGCGAGAAUAAUUUGAAGAUUGAAGGCGAAUUUGUCGAUAUUCAACGACGAGAUGAUUAUCGAGUUACGCGUGAUAAACGCAGCAAAAUUAUCAGACAUGAAGAUAAUCUUCGUCCCGAGGGUGAUUUUGUGCGUGAACGUCCGGAAAAGGUACCGAUAGGUCUAGCCGAGAAAAGAUCUCCCAUCAAACAUCCUGAUAAUUUGAAACCAGAAGGUGAUUUUGUGCAACGGCCAAAAAAACACGCGGCUACUAGAGGUGACCGAGCGAUCGUUAAGAAGCCCAAGGAUAAUUUGAAGUCCGAGGGUAAUUUUGAGAGGCCAACGAAGUCGCCUAUUGGUCCCGCUGAACGGCGAUCACCCAUCAAGCAUUCCAAUAACCUUUAUCCGGAAGGCGAAUUUGCCGGUCGUCCAAAGAAAGACACGCCAUUGAAGGGUGACCGAGCGGAUGUGCAGAAGCCAAAGGAUAAUCUUCAUCUUAAAGGAGAAUUUGCGAAAUGUGCACCGAAGGUAGAGCCAGCCAAACGAAAAACGCCGAUCAAACACGAGGACAAUCUAUAUCCCAAGGGAGACUUUUAUAUGGUGCCUAAGGACGAUUUUACUCUGAAGAGAAGUGAUCGUUCACCGGUCAAGAAACCCCAAGACAAUCUUUGUCCCGAAGGUGAGAUGAAGGUGUCCCCGAAGGACGAUUACAAGUACGUAAAUGGAGAACGCGUGGAAGUGCGUCGACAUGAAGAUCACUUACGUAUGGAGGGACAGAUGGAUAUUCAUCGUUCGAGAGAUGAUUAUAAGAAAAUUACAAAAAAAAAAAUGAAUGUUAAAAGACACGAGGAUAAUCUCAAAAUGAAAGGCGAAUUUAUCGAUGUGCGUCGCAAAGACGAUUAUGUACACGUGAUUGGUGAACGCGUGCCAAUUAAAAAACAUUCGGACAAUCUUCAUCCGGAAGGAGAUUUCGACAGACCCCAGAAAACCGUGGUCGGUCCCGAAGAAAGAAGAUUGCCUAUCAAACAUCCGGAUAAUCUAAAUCCGGAAGGUGAUUUCGAACGUAGAAUCACAGAUAAAAUUGGUCCCGGUGAACGACAAUCGCCGAUUCGUCACGCUGACAAUUUGAAGCCCGAAAGAGACUUUAUCGGACGCCCGCGCGAUGAAUUCACCCCCAAAAGAGCAGAAAGGAUUGAAAUUGUCAAGAAAAAAGAUAAUUUAAAAAUAACGGGCAAUUUCGAAGAUACAACAGAAAUCAGAAGUUUAGAAACUCUUACAAGGGACCGUUACAAACUGAACAAUAGCUACAGCGACAAAUACAAGCUACAUAGACAAAAUUAUCCAAGCAUCUUGACUCUCUUUGGAUCACUUUCCACCCAAAAACUAGACCGGAAAUAA